AUGGCGCCUAAAGUUCUCGUCGUCUUAACUUCAUUCGGCUACAUCGAUAGCGCUAAGAGGGAGUCCGGCUGGUAUCUUCCUGAGUUCGCCCACCCGUACGAAGUCCUCUCCGGGAAAGGCGUUGAGAUCGUAACCGCGUCACCUAAGGGGGGUGUCGCACCGUUGGACCCAGCAUCAGUGGAGCAAUUCAAAUCAGAUGCUUCCUCGGUCUCGUUCCUCAAGACCAAGUCCGCGCUGUGGGAACAGACAGCCAAACUUUCCUCUUUCCUAGGGCGCUCAGGAGAAUUUGACGCGUUGUUUUAUCCGGGUGGAUACGGGCCCAUGUACGACUUAGCAACUGACAGCGAAUCCAUCGCGCUGAUUAAGGAGUUUGUUGCGGCAGGCAAGCCUGUCGCUGCAGUGUGCCACGGACCUGUCGUAUUUACGGGCGUCACAUUACCUGACGGCAAGCCUCUUCUCGCUGGAAAGAAGGCCACAGGCUUUAGUAAUGCCGAGGAGGGAGGUAUCGGCCUGCUCGAGCACUUGCCCUUCUCACUCGAGGACAAGAUGAAGGAGGUCGGUGCUGAGUACAAGAUAACAGAGAAGGUGUACGACCCAUUCGUGGUAGUUGAGGACGGCGGGAAGCUUAUUACAGGACAGAACCCUGCCAGCUCUGUAGGUGUUGGUGAAGCGCUUGCGAAGGCGAUUGGUGUUUAG